UGCUUCUGAACGCCAAUGAGAGCCAGCAGACGCUGGAGGAGAUGACGGGCUGCUGCUCCCACCUCCACGACGCCGUGUCCGCUCUGGUGGAGCGAGACCUCGAGUGGAGCAGCAGCAUCAGGGAGCACGCAGAGCUGAAGGCCCAGGAGCACGCCUCCCUGCUGGGGCAGAUUUCCACUGAAGCCCAGAUGCUGCAUCAGAGCAUCCAUGUGGGGCUGAACGAGCAGCGCCGGGCAGCAGAGGAGGAGCUGGCUGGCCUGCAGGAGGAGGUGGUGAAGGGGGCUCUGACCACCCUUCAGAACCAGACCUCUCGGAACAGGGUCGUCCUGGACCAACAGCAGGCCGAGGUCCGGGACCACAUGGAGACGAGCCAGAAGCUGGUCCACAGCUUCCUGCAGGAUGAGCUGCAGCAGGAUGUCCCCACUGGUAAAUGAUCUGACCUCUGUGUUGCACUGUUGUGUUCAAAUUUGAUUUAUCUUCUGUUCUCAUUGUGUCCAUGUUGGGGUUUAAGAAGAUGGUUUCCUUUUACCUCCCUACAAUCCAACAUGAAUUCUUUCAGAGAAAAGGUAACAAGUUGUGUUCUCAAGCCACAA